CAGGUUCGUGCAGACUAAAGGGUGACAACUCUAAAAUUUUGACAGACGCACAAAAUGGCAUGCAAUAUCCUUAGACAUUGCAAGUUAUGUAAUUUAACAGCUAGGAUUGUGAAUACAGUUGCUUCAAGAAAUUUACAUUCUUCUAGCAAUGAAAAGGCAGACAUCGUCAUAUCUGGAGGAGGAAUGGUUGGCACUGCAAUGGCAUGUGCGCUAGGACAUGUUGAUGACCUACAAGACAAGAGAAUUAUACUUCUAGAAUCAGCACCUGAAAAGAAGAAUUUUCACUUGAGUGAAAGAUAUAGUAACAGGACCUGUGCUAUUAGUCCUGCAACAGUCAGUCUGUUUCAGAGUAUAGGGGCAUGGGAUGAAAUCUUACAGAUGAGAUGUCAGCCUGUCAAGAGUAUGCAGGUCUGGGAGUCCUGCUCUGAUUCUUUAAUCACUUUUAAUGAUGAAGAACUGAUGAAUGAUCUUGCCUACAUUGUGGAGAAUGAUGUGAUCCUGGAGGCCCUCAGACAACGGCUUUCAGCUCUCUCAGACAGAGUGGAAGUUCAAUAUCAAACAGCAGCUAAAUCCUACGUUAUACCAGGAUCUACACCUGGUCAUGACGGUGUGGACCAAAACACCUGGGUUACUAUAGAAACAGACAAAGGACAAAGCAUUCAGACAAAGUUAAUGAUUGGAGCAGAUGGCAUGAACUCUGCAGUCAGAAAAGCUGGAAAAUUCCAUGUAUUCCAAAAGGACUACAAACAGCAGGCUGUGGUAGCUACCCUAGAGGUCUCGGGGACCUCAGACAACAGUGUUGCUUGGCAGAGGUUUCUUCCAACAGGUCCAAUAGCAAUGCUACCAUUAUCCAAUCAGUACAGCUGUCUUAUUUGGACAACAACUCCAGGAAAAGCCAAGUAUCUAAAAGACUUGGCAGAUGACAGUUUUGUUGAUGAAGUCAAUGAUGCAUUUUGGCAUGAACGAGAUAAGAACUCCACUGUGAUGUCACUAUCACACAAAUACCAAGAAAUUUUAAACUUUGUUUUUACUGAUAACCAGGAGGUACGGCAGCUACCUCCCACAGUAAUAGGCGUGAAUCCUGGAAGUCGUGCAUCCUUUCCUCUGUCACUAGUCCAUGCCUCAAACUACAUAAAACCACGUGUUGCUCUCAUUGGAGAUGCUGCACAUAGACUUCAUCCUUUGGCCGGGCAGGGAGUGAACCUGGGUUUUGGUGAUGUCAGCUGUUUGUGUAGGACUGUGACGGAAGCUGUCCUGUCUGGGUCUGAUGUGGGUAGCCUGUACUACCUAACACAGUACGAGACGGAGAGACAGAGGGCAGUGAUCCCCGUUGUGUUGACAAUACAUGGUUUACACCACUUGUAUUCAACAGACUUCUCUCCAAUGGUGCUCCUGCGUAGUUUAGGGCUACAGUCUACCAACUCCUUUCAGUUUGUUAAGAACAAAAUAAUUCAACAAGCAUCUUCUUAAAAAGACAGAUGAGGGACUUGAAAGACUUUUAAUAAAUAAAACAAACUUUGAUGGAACACUUCUCAUGCAUAUUAAUUAAUACUGUGUUAAUAAAAUGGAUAAGCUUUA